UUGGCUAUUUAGUCCGUUCUUGUGCGAUUUAUGGAACAGUUUGGAUGUUUACUUCUCAACAGCGAGCAUAUUGCACCUGUGCUGCAUAUCAGUAGAUAGAUACUAUGCCAUUGUAAAGCCGCUCAAGUAUCCGAUUAGCAUGACAAAGCGCGUCGUUGGUAUCAUGAUACUAAACACAUGGAUAUCACCAGCACUGCUGUCCUUUCUGCCCAUAUUUAUUGGUUGGUAUACGACCGAGGAUCACAAGCGAUUCGUCGAGGCGCAUAAAGACCGCUGCGAGUUCAUUGUGAAUAAGCCAUACU